AUGCAUCUGGACACGAAAAAAAUACAAAAUAUAAGAGGUAAAAAAGGAAAUAAGGUGGACCUUAAGGACUCAUUUGCAAAUAUCUUCUCUUAUAUAAAAACCCUCGGAUUCUCCAUAUCCACUCUAGGGCUUUUUCUCCCUUGUAAGCGUAGUUCAGCUCGAAGCGCAGCCGCUGAUUCCUCUAAGACUGCCGACGUCAUGGGUCGUAUGCACAGCCGAGGUAAGGGUAUUUCAGCAUCAGCACUUCCGUACAAGAGGACUCCACCGAGCUGGCUCAAGAUUUCUUCUCAGGAUGUGGAAGACAAUAUCUGUAAGUUUGCCAAGAAGGGGUUGACACCUUCUCAAAUUGGUGUUAUUCUUCGUGAUUCUCAUGGAAUUGCACAGGUGAAGAGUGUCACUGGCAGUAAGAUUUUGAGGAUACUCAAGGGCCACGGACUUGCUCCUGAGAUACCUGAGGACUUGUACCACCUCAUUAAGAAAGCUGUUGCAAUUCGCAAGCAUCUUGAGAGAAACAGGAAGGACAAAGACUCCAAGUUCAGGUUGAUUCUUGUUGAGAGCAGAAUUCACAGGCUUGCUCGCUACUACAAAAAGACAAAGAAGCUUCCACCUGUUUGGAAAUAUGAAUCUACCACUGCAAGCACACUUGUUGCCUGA